GUGGGGUCGAGGGCCCUCGCCUACUACGACCCGCGCGAUGACUACUGGCAUGAGAGGAUCAUGCUGGCGCACAUUCAGGACUUCCGCUUCGUGGUGCUCACCGCGGACUGGGACAUCUAUGAUGAGGAUAUGUCCCAGGCUCUCCGCCUGCUGCCGCUGGGUCCACGGGGCGGCCUUCCCGUGCCGAGGCCACAGGGGCAUAUUCUGCGGGUGGACAACGCUCGCCUCAGCGCCGAGUUGCAGCAGCUGUGCGACGAGGCGGCGCAGAUGGCCUUGGACAUCCGCGAGGAGGAGGGCUUGCCGGCCCCAGCGGCGCCCCAGGGGGUGCUGGCCGACGGCGAGGCGGGGGCGCUUGCCGAGGCGCCGGCUCCUGCUGCGCUGGCGGCCGCCGCGAGGCCCGCUGGGCCAGCGGCGGGGGGCGCGGCCGCGGCCGGCGCUCUGGCGGCGGCGCCGGCCGCGCCGCAUAGGGCAGCCGCGGCCGGCGCUCUCCUCGCCCCAGCACCGCCGCGGCCCGCAGCGCCGCCAGCAGAUGCGGUCUGGCUCUCGGCGGAGACGCGUGGGGGCUUCACGGCUGGGGCCCCUAUCCCGCCGGAGCUCCUCGGUGCGGAUGGCCAGCCGCAGGUCGUGCUGGGCGACCGCGGGGUCGUGGUGCUGGCGACAGGCGUCUCGCUGGCGGUCGCAGUGGCUGACACCCUGGAGGCAGGGACGGCAGCGCUCUCCAGCAGCGGGGGAGACCUUCGCACGCUGCCGGUGCUCUACUCACCAGCUGGUGGCCGCUCCAGGUCCUUCCACGACGCCGUGGCCAAGAUGUCCACCACGCCCUUCCCAGACUGGCGCAUCAAGGGGCCGAGGACCGCCGCCUGGCUGCUCGAGAAGAUCUCGGAGGCGGGCUACGCGCCGCUGCAGAGGCAUUUCUGGUGGAGGUCGAUCCAGGGGCUCACAGCUUCCGACUCGGGCGUGGACGACCGCCACUUCAUCUCCGAGGUGCUGCAGGAGCUCACCACCUACGACCAGCUCAACGCUGGCGAGCUGGUGGUGGUGGAGAUCCUCUGCCGCCGCUACCAGCUCUGGGAGGAGCUGUACGCCUCGAGUUUGCGCGAAGCCGAGGCUGGUCAGGACGCUGCACCCUGGCUCGAUGAGCGAUCCAUCUUCCUCGGGCAGGACAGGAGCCGCGGCUCAGCGCUUGUCUGCCCCGCCUUGGAGAGCUGGGUGGCGGAGACGCUCCGAGAGGAAAGUGCCAUCCUCAAGGAACGCAGGAAGGGGCGAGAAGAAAGGCUGCUGGAGCGCGGCGUCGACGGCGGCGCGGCCUCUGGCGAACCGUCGGCGGGGGCCAAGGCGAAGGCGCGCGGCCGCGGUUUGCAGGGGGGGCGAGGCGUGCUGAACGAUGCCACCUCGCUGGGUUUCGGCGAUGACAGUCUCACGCAAAGGGGCGCGCUGCCCAUCCCGCUCAGCUUCGAGGCGCUCCAGUGCUUGAAGGGGUUCUCGGCCCUCGACGGCGAGCUCUCGCUGGGGCAGCGGCGCAAGGCCGCACGCUGCAGGCGCCAGGAACGCUGGAUGCUGGAAGGCGUCGCGGCGCUCAACGAGCUGGGCGGGGGUGGUCGGUUGGCUGACAGCGGCGGGCGGCUUAGCUUGGCGCAACGCUCCGCGUUGCAGCAUCUGGGUGAGGUCUACGCCGCGGUCCCGCCGAAGACUGAGGAUUGCACCAACCAGGAGGCGUUUCAGGCGCUUCUGGGGCUUCGACCUGGCCAUGCUGAUGAGCCAGCCAUCGGGGCGAGAGCCGGCUACCAGCGCGGGAGGGUCUCCCUUCCUUCUGGCGGUGCUGGGCGCGUCGAUCUUGUUCGGCUACUUCCUCCGCACCUGCAGUCAGCGCUGGAGUCCGGGCACGGGCUAUUGCGCUCGGAGCAGGAGGCUUCUGCUGCUCUGGAGGAGGCUGACGUCGCGUGUUACGUGGACGGCAGGCUGGCCCAACGGGGCUUUGACUACGGACGGUUUCUGCUCGAGCUUUACGACGCAGGGAUCGUUGAAGUUUUGGACUAUGAGCUGGAUCGGAAGGAGGCACUGGGGCCUGAGCUUGCGGCGCGGCCCAGGAUAGCCUUCCGUGUGCGAGUCGUUCCCAUGGGAUGGAACUGGGCCGUCCACUUUGUGCAGUCUGCCCACCUGAACGUGCUGGCUUCGAUCUCUCCGAACAACCAGUGGUUGGUGGACAAGCAGCCUGGGACGUGCCUCUCGGACAGCUCUGUUGCAGCCAAGGUCUUGUACAUAGACAACUUUGCGGCCAUUAGCACCAGUCGCGAGACAGCGUUGCAGGUUGUCAAUGACAUGCUGGGCUCGUUCACCAGCGAGGGCGUCAGGGCGUCGCUUGACUUGGACGUCGUCCUCCUCGGCUUCACGCUGGAUUCCAAGGCCGCCAGGUGGCGCCCCGCACCCAAGAAGUUUUGGAGGGUGCACGGCUGCAUCUCACACUUGCUGGAGCCAGGAAGGCGUAUCACUGGACGCCAGUUGGAGAGGCUUGUGGGCCACGUGGUCGCGCUGCUGCUGCUGCGGCGUGAGGCUCUCAGCCUCCUCAGCGCGGUCUACGUCUUCAUCCGGUCGACCUACGACAGGGCGCAGCCGCUGUGGCCCAGCUGCCGACGUGAGCUCAGGUGGGUGCUUGCGUUGUUGCCCACGGUGUUCGCCGACAUGAAGAGGCCCUGGCACUCUGAGGUAGGUGCCUUUGACGCGUCGCCUUGGGGCGCGGGAGUCUGUGCUGCGCGCUGGCCUUUGAGCGCGGUGCAGGCCGCAGGCAGGCAGCCGGGGAAGCUGCGUUUUCGCGGGCCCCUCGCCUCAUUGGUGGCUCCGCGGGACGCUGCCCUGGCCGCUGACAGCAUCGAGCUCUCUGACCCCGCCGCACUCCUGCUCGGGCGCGCGGCGGGUUUCGCCGAGGUGAGCGCAGAGCUGCUGCGCGAGGCGGCCUGGAUCACGGCUGUUGCAUGCAGAUGGAGGCGUCAAAGUACUAUCCACAGGCUGGAGAGCUCAGCAGGGCUUCUCUGGCUACGGCGCGCCUCUCGCAAUUCGAGAUGUCACGGGCAUCGCUUGCUGGGCCUGGGCGACAACAUGUCGAUGAUCUGCGCCCAUAAAAAGGGUCGUGCAUGCGACUUUGGUCUCUUGUCCGGCUGCCGUUGUUCCUACGCCAUAUCGGUCGCCUGCAAUCUCAAGGAGGUCCGCACGCUCCAAGCAGCGCCGCCGUUCGGCCAGCCAAGUCUGCCAGAGGUGGGAGGCGCUUCGCCGACCCGGAAGCGAGCCGUUGGUGGUGGCGAAUCCGCAAGGAGCAGAGCGCAGCUGCCGCCGCCUUCCGCCCAGGAGCGGGCCCGCUUGCUGCCCCGCCAGGGCUUUCUGGCAGCCAACAAGGUGCGGCCGUCCACUCAGGUGCUCUACCUGAAGGUGUUGCGGCUGCUGGCAGGCUGGCUCAUGGUGGACGCCCUGCCCGACUGGCCUGUGGCUGCUUGGGACGCAGCGCUGGCCGACUUCCUGCUGUGGGCCUUCGACCAGGGAGUGGCGCGGGCGACGGCUGCAAGGCUUGGCGCCGCGGUGCUGUGGGGGCUCCCGCAGCUCCACGUAGCGCCCUUGCAGAGAUGCUUCCCGCAGCUCGCUCACUCGCUGGCGGGCUGGAAGCGCCUGCAUCCGCCAGGCUCUCGUCCGCCUCUCCCAGAGCUUGUGGUUCGCGCAGCGGCAGCUUGGCUUGGGCACCAGGGCGAGUUUGCGACCGCCUUGUGCGUCAUGCUGAUCGCGGGCUCACACAUGUCAGUAGUGGUGCAUGCUGCAGAGUUGCAGCAACCGGGCAAGACAGGCGAGAUGGACCAUACCGUUGUGCUCGACCUCCCGCGCCAGCAGGCCCUGGCUUGGGCCUUGGCGCGCCUACGCGACUCCCGCCUGGGCUCCUGGCACCCGCUGUGGGACUUCGAGUACAACCUCCUCCAGCGGCGGUUUGGCCAGGCGCUCGCGGCUGUGGGAGCCAGCUGUUUAGCAGGCACGCUCUACAGCCUCAGGCGCGGCGGCGCCAGCCACGACCGCCUGACGGCCAGCCGCGCGCUAAUGGAGGUGCAGCAACGAGGAUACUGGCGCGCCUUCAACAGCGUGCGGCGCUACGACAAGCACGGGCGAGUGGCGAUCGAGUGGAUGAAGAUUCCCGCCCCCCAGCGCCAGGAGAUCGAACGGUUGGCUGCUGGACUCGACGCCGCCUGCAAGCUGUACUCGCCUCAGCGGUGA